AUGGCAGCCCGGCAGGGUACUUUGGAGCUUCGGUGGGAAUUCGCCAAGGUUGCCCUCUCUCCCCUUACUUGUUCUAUUGCCAUGGAAGUCCUCUCUAGGCAGAUUCAGCUUUGUACUGACCAGCAGCUCAUCUCUCCUAUGCCCAAGUGUAAAAGCCUAAAGCUCACUCACUUAGCUUUUGCGGAUGACUUGAUGAUUUUCUCCAAGGUAUCGAUUGCCUCCUUAGAGACUAUUUUGCUUUGUCUCCAGCAAUUCAAAGAACUCUCGGAUCUUCACAUCAACCCCGCCAAAUCUCUCAUCUUCUUUGCUGGAGUUACUGAUGCUGACAAAGCAGCCUUCCUUGCCAUCUCUGGUUUCCUUGAAGGUCAGCUGCCUGUCAAAUACUUGGGGAUUCCAUUGAUCUCAGCUAGGCUUUCGGCCCAUCACUGCACCCCCUUAUUGGACAUGAUCCGGAAGAGACUUCAGCUAUGGAAAAACAAGCUUCUAUCUUAUGCUGGCAGGUUGGUCCUUAUUAGAUCAGUUCUGGAAGCCUCUUAUAUUUAUUGGUCAGGUAUCUAUGGGCUGCCUCUCUCUACUAUCAAGGCUUUGGAAGCUCUUAUGGCUUCCUUCCUUUGGAAGGGCUCUGACUCCACAAGGUUCCUUCAUCCCUUGAGUUGGGCUGCUGUGUGCCUUCCCAAAAAGGAAGGAGGGUUGGGCAUUCGCCAUAUUUCAGAAGUGAACUCAGCUGGUAUCAUCAAGCUUCUUUGGAAGAUAGUCUAA